CCUUGACCUGUGUUUUCUAAGCCUCAAACCCUCAGGGAGCCAUGCUGCUGUUGCUGACUUUGGCUUUCCUUGCUGGUCCUACCUGCAGAGCCCAAGAGAUAUGGGGCAAUAAUGCCGGUACCUAUUUCUCCAUUCGUGGUGAAGAACAGGGAGAAAUCAAGGCAAUCAAGAUCUAUUUAACGAUACUGAAACACAUCAUGGGCAUUCAGCUGCAGUUUGGCAAACACUGGAGUAGUGUCUAUGGAUCCCCUACAGCAAAUCAUAAAGAGUUGCGUCUGGAGGAUGGAGAGCAUAUAAUAAAGGUGCGUGGCAAAGUGGGUUUAUGCCUGAAUUCCCUGACCUUCAUUACCAACAAGGGAAAUCAGGUUCUCUUUGGUGAUAACAAUGGCCGUUCAUUUGAAGACAGUGGAGGCCCAGACAAGCAUCUAGUGACUAUCAAUGGCAUGUUAUCAAAAGGCCUCUGCAUCGUAGGGAUAGGCUUUGAUUGGAGACAUGCCUCAGAAAAUGGAGUCUCCACAAAGCCUCAGACAGAACCAGUUACCAUCCCUAACACUUCCAAAGAGAAGACAGAAAGCAGAGAUAAAGACAAGAACAAUGGUGAUGGAGGCAAUGACAAAGAUGACGACGACGACGAUGAUGACGAUGACAGCAACGUUCGUAAGAACAAAAACAGCAAUGAUGAUGACGAUGAUGAGGAGGAAGAUGAGUAA